UAUUUUAUUUUAUAUAUUGUAUAUAGGCCUAUUCAUUUUGUAUAGUGAAAAAAUGCAUUGAAACAACUUGAUCCAACACCAACAUUUUCUGUGGAAAAUGGACAUCUUUGACCUGAGGCUUUCUCUUGAGAGACAUAACACAGGCACAGGUGAAAUGUAUGGAUAUUUGCCUGAUAAAGGACCUGUGAUAGACAGCUGCAGGACGCCCAUCAGACAGAAUCGGAAUCUCUGCUUUCCUGUCGACACGGCCGCUACAGGAGAUGGGUAUACGAAGUUGUCAGACAUGCUCGAGGGAUUACCCCGCCGGGUGGAGGGGGGAUCAAAGUUGAAAGCAUUUUUAUUCUUCUCUGAUUCGGGCUGUCGCUGUGCCUGUGCGACACCUUGAAGGGCGACAGGAGCGUGUGGGUGUGAAAAGGAGCGAGUAUAAAGUAGGAGGGUUUAAAUGCGCUCUGAAACAUUUCAUCGUUGGACGCGGGCAGGACUGGAACCUCAGACCACUCAACUUUUCUUGUGCACACUGGACUAUGGCAUUGUUUUUUGACCAGUCGUUCGAUUUAGUUCAAAAAAUAACCGUGGACACGGAAAGAGAUUUUAUUUUCAACACAAACAUGGUCCAGUUCACAGACGUAACAACCAAGCAUACGCUGUCUUCUCCUGAACUCGAAAGAACUUUCCACGCUGAGGGGCAGAGAAAAAGGAAGAGGACGAUUUUCAGCCGCGCGCAACUGUCAGAACUGGAGCGCGCUUUCAUGAUUACGCCGUAUCCAGACAUCACGCUGCGCGAGAGACUGGCUGCGCUCACGCUGCUCCCAGAAAGCAAAAUUCAGGUGUGGUUCCAAAACAGACGGGCUCGCAGUAUGAAAAGCAAGAAGCUGACCACACCAGUAAGGAGGAGUCCAGGCAGGGAAGUGAGCUCUGGCUGUAUACCUGUGGCGUCCUUUCCAUCAACCAAUCUUGAUUUAAACCCAGAACAAAUUUCUGGCGUCCAAGAGCAAGCAACCGAGGCCAACAGAGGCCCGCGUCACCAUCAGCAAAGCCUUAGACGAGCUCUGAGUCCCUGGUCCCAAAAUCUUCCACCACCACCCUCUAUUUCCCCAGACCUGCCUGGAGUUCUGCAGUGGGGUAACAGACACCCUGAAACACCUGGAGCGUCAUCUUUCUACUGUCCAUCAGACAGGUUGCCUCAAUAUCCGUUCCAAAACCAGUCGAACAGUCUCUGGCAGAUUAACUGCUUUACAGCUCACCCUGAAGAUUUCUCUGGACAUCAGCUGAAAUCUUACUGUACUGCCAAUCAGGGCUUAUAUUCUUCCAUGUCUGUGGACCAUGCGAUUCCUACACAUCAAACCAGUUUGGAUGGAGCACUACAAAGACAGGCUUUGACACACUAUCCUCAGACCUCACUGGGAGAUAUUUCUGACCUCAUAUAUAAAGCAGCUGUAGUCACCAAUCUGGAUGACUGCUAAACUGUAUAUUUCAUUUAUUGUUACAUAAAUAUUAUUGUAAAAUAUUCUCUCUGGUGAACUGAUGUCAGUUUUAUGUCUCAAAUGGUACUUAUUUUUACAGUAUAGCUAAUAUGUGCGAAUGGAACAUGUUUCCUCUUCUUGCUAUUUUGCACAACUGCAAAUGUGAAGAGCUAGUUUAGGAUUGUCCAGUUUGAAUUAAUACAAAAUAUUUUGAUUUUGAACAAAUUUAAAUAAUGUUUUCAAUAUGUUUUUUUUUGUGUGUGUGUGUGUGUGUGGUGCCCUCUGUAUUCUCUUUAUCGAGAUGUUCACAUUGUGUGUAUUAAUAUUUAUGUAAAUAAAUCACUUGUCUAUUUAUUUAAGUUCACCUUUAACAAAUUAAUAGGUAUCUUUGCCAUAAAACAGUUCU